GAGAGUCAGACAGUCAGCAAACACUCGUCUUCUUCUUCUUCUCUCUGGACAGGAUCUCACCUGAACCUGAGACAGGAAGUGGAGCCACAGAUCAACACUCACUGAGUUCUCACAGCGUAGAUGCACAGCGACAGAGAAAUGGCCAUUCCGCGGAUGUUGAACUCCAACACGUCAUUCAUCAUCGUGAGCGGAGGAUCUGAAAUCUCCUUUCUCGGCAAAGAGGAGAGCAGCCAGGGCUGUGAGGAGGAGAAGGACUCGCUGGUCCAGGCCAUGACACCCUAUCUGAGCCGGGUGAUGCAGCACGGGACUGCCAAACACGUGGUCACUGAGGAGGGGCCAGGGGGGGCCGAGGAGGAUCUCUGUGUCUCCAUAGUAGCGCAGGCAGAGAGAGAAGACUUCCAGGAGUUCAGCCCUUCCAACACACAUUGCCUUUACACCAGAGCUCAGCUGCUCAAAAAGCACAGACUUCUCAGCAAAGACACUGCCCUGCUGACUGACUCAGAGGACGAGGACUUUGAUGGCAAACUCCCGCAGCACCACCUCCAGAGGAAACAGCGGAGGAAAGCCAGGAGACAGAGCCAGGAGGACGGGGAAGAGCCGCCCAUCAUCCGGGGCCUCUGGGUGCAGGAGAUCGAUUGGCUGAAAUUGGCAAGCAGAGAGAUGAUGUCAUCAUCCGCUGAGAUCAUACCGCCGCCUCCGCAGUUUACUGACUGCAACCAUGGGGACUCUGAGGGCUGUGCAGAUGUGUGUGUCCAUGGAUCAGAGUGUGUGUCACUAUCAGAGGAGUGCUACAGAUCAGCAGAUACAGACGACACCUCCAGCACUGAAGGUGAAGCAGACUCUGAAUCAGUUUACACUCUCGAGUCAGACUCAUCCUGCCCUGCUGAGGAUGGCAUAGAAGCCAAAAUGUCAAAUUUGACCUUUGACCUGAUGCAAGUGUCCGGUUUUAACUCUGCUCAUGCUGAGUGGGACUCUGACUCUGCAGAGGGAGUGCAAAGCCUGCUGGGAGAUUCAGGCUACACUGUGAAUACACCUCAGUGUGCCUUUGGUUUUGAUGACUUGAGUGACACAGUUUUGGACGACCUCAGAGGCAGAGUGACACUGCUGCCAAAGCUCUUUGUUUCACCUUUAUUCAGAGAUUUGAUUAAACAGACUGUGAACGACUGGAAGACCAGCACACCUGUCAAUGAAGGACUCAUAUUUCAUCAUCAACUUCAGCCCGACAGCUGUCAGUACAGGGAGGGAGAGGAGUACUGUGUCCUCAACCACAUCCAGAACGGCUCGUAUGGAGACGUCUUCUGUGUGCGUGACAAAAGGACCGGAUUCCAAUGUGCUGCCAAGAGGAUUCCACUGAGUCACUUUAGCGGGGAGGAGGUGAGCACGUGGAGCGCUCUCAACUCUCCUCGUGUGGUGGAGCUCUUUGGGGCUGUGAGGGAGGGGCCCAACAUCGUCCUCUUCAUGGACUUGAAGCCAGCAUGUUUGGCCCAGCUUCUCAAAGAGAUGAACUCCCUGCCUGAGGAUUUGUCCCUGCACUACCUUCACCAGACACUAGGGGCACUAGAGCACCUGCACCACAGGAAGGUCCUCCACCUGGACGUCAAAGUUGACAAUGUGCUGCUGUCUGCAGACUGCAGGGACACAUUCCUCUGUGACUUUGGUCUCUCAGAGACUUUGGAUGACAAUGGAUGGAGCACCAACACAUUCAGGGGAGCGGCCUUCCCCGGCACAGAGACCCACAUGGCCCCCGAGGUGGCCCGAGGGGAUCAACUGUGUGCCAAGGCCGACGUGUGGAGCAGUUGUUGUAUGCUGCUGCACAUGCUCAAUGGAUGCCACCCUUGGAUACGUUACUACUCCCAUCCUCUGUGUCUGCAGAUUGUCAAUGAGCCACCGCCUCUAUGGGAGGUGCCGUCCAACUGCAACAACUUCACGGCCAAAGUGUUCAGGGCUGGACUCCAGAAAGACUCCGACAGACGAACAUCUGCCAAAGAACUCCGGAGGAAAACCACCAAGGCCCUUAGAGCAGUUGGGGGUUUGAGCCCCUGGUCUGUCAAAAUUGCCUGUGAGAAGCUUCAUCAUAGCAAGAGCCAGAAUGAAGACACCCCCUGUUCUUUGUCACCUGAUGUCAACCCAACUAAAGCAUCAGAUACCAUGUACUGGGUGAGCCCCUGGAGGACUACAGCAGUGGACGAGGACAGCAAUGACUGGAGAGAUGGUGUCUCAGAUCAAGACUCUGAAGCGGAGACAUAUUCCUUAAUUAGGGAGUGGGAAUCCCGGCCAAAAUCACUUCAAGAUGAUUACACCGCAGAUGUAGGAGACUGGGACAGCUUUUCUGACUCAGAGGUCGAUAUAUACAUGGCAGAGGAGGAAUAUGUUCAGGAGAAGUGGCUGAGAAGUGACAGGGACUAUGAGGGGGAUUGGGAAGAGGAAGGAGAUGAAGAGGAGGAGAAGGAGGAUGAGGACGAAGAAGAGUGGGAAUCUUCCAAGUCAGAGUAUCUCCGUGCUCUUCGGGGCAUUUUCCCUUUGCUGCAAAAAGGCCAACAGACAAAUGACAAUUCAUGGGGAUCAGAGCCAGAGCUGGAAUACCUCCGAGACGAUGUAGCUAUCGGCACAACAAUCCAGACCCCAUCCCCUGAACCUCGAGAUGACCCUCCUUCCUGUUUCAGCUGCUCGGACACAUCACCGAUGGAUUCCUCAGAGAAGGACUCUGACCAUUCGUCUGAUGAUCUGAGCUCUGGAGUCUUUUCCUCCUGCAACAGUCAGACAGACGGACAUUUGGAGUGGUUGGCCUCAGACAAUCAGCCCUCCUCCUGCUGCUUCGAGGGUGUUGACAUCUGGAUCGAGAACGUCCAGGGCGAGUGUCUGCGGAUCCGUGAGCGUCGGCAGGUCAAAGUGGGACAUGUUGCUAUAGGAAUAAGCGAUCAGAUCUCAGGGAAAGCCUUCACACUGGAGACCCUGGACAGGAAGACGGUGUCCUUUGAACAGGAGAUCAGAGAGUCCUGUCUGUGGCUGCGCUGCGUUCCUGCUCCUGACAGGUGUCAGCGCUGGAGGUGGAGGGUCAGAUACGGGAAGCUGGAACUUCGAGAAUGAGAUUUUAGUUAUUUCCUUGUUGUCAUUUACACUACUUGAAUAGAUUGUUCUAAAGACGUCAGGAUGUAAACAUGUGUACUAAAUAAGUUUUGCUACUGUUAUGACUGAAUUUCCUGGAUGAAAUAGCCUGUAUUUGUAGGAAUUAUAUGAAUUUCAUCAAUAAGAUGUGACUUUAAAGAUGCCUUUCUAUUUUUAAAGAUGUUCUUUUUUUAUAUUCUUAAAUUGCCUUACUUUUAUUUGCUGGCAAAAGAGAUCAAUAUUUAAGUAUGCUUCUUAGCGUCAUCUCUGAUCUGGAAACUAGAGUAUGUCAUGUUUGUUGGUGCUUCUUAACUGCCGUUUAGGAGUAAAGGUGCUUCAAACAAUGAUUAACCUUCAUAUUACAAUAUAAGCUCUCAAUACAUUAAUCCUUGAAGGUUACUGACACUUUAUAUAUUAAUAAAAGAUGACAUCAGAGGCAAAGAAGUUCUGUCUUCUGCUUGUUUUAAAGUUCUGUUUCCUUUCAUUCAUA